UGCUCAUGCUGCAGCGGGUUUCCGUAUCUGGGAGACCCGCAUGACUCUCGUAUAGCAAAAUAGAUUCGAGAGCAAAUGCAAGUGAGUUACCCAAUUUGUGGGGGACGGGUUGCUUCCCGGCCAGUCUUCCGAUCCGACCUGCCACUACUAUCCCAUUGCCUUUCUGAUGGUCCUCUUCGGCCCGACGGUGCCGGAUGAUGCUGGAGGGCUGAAUCCCCGACACCCGUGACGCCGUCGCGAGCCUCGCCCUACAUGGCCAGCCGCCCGUCUCGUCGCCGCAGUCGUCCAUCGAGUUGACGUCCCUCUGGAGCCCGAGCGCAGGUGGGAGUCGCCGACCUUCUCCCGGUCCAUAAUCACGGCCGCCGGCUUCGUCGACGGUCGAGGCCGAGGCCGUAACAAAGCGGGUGCUGUUACGCAACGUCGACGAGUGGUUCACCGUGUUCCGGCCUUCAUGCACAUCGUCAUGGUGCGUUUCUGGGCACGAGCAUAUAGGGAGGACUUGGAGGCCGAGCUGAUGACGACGCUGAGUCGGCAAAUGGAGGACAAGUACGGGGGCGCGGCCGUUCAUAGUCGAGAGGACCGUCUUGUUGGCGAGGGGGAGGCUCCUGCGUUACCCAUCCUUGUUGUUGAGGAGAGGGGGGGUCGUGGGAUGAAAUUGCGGGUAAGAGUCUUGGGAAGAAACCAGAAUCAAGACUGGUAUUGCUUUUCUUUCGUUCUUUUUUCGUUCAAGUCUUGGCUGCGAGAAGUGCUUGCUCACGAGGAGUUGCAUGUCGAUUUCCUGGACCGUUCAGUUACCAUGCUUGGCCCGAAUCCGACGGCUCAUCUCCGACUAACAAGACGAAGUUUCCAUGUGGGAUCUAAUAUCAUCUGCGACUGGUCUCGAUCAACUCACGGAGUUUUCCUAGCUCUGAGAUUACCGACUGCCCUUGACACGAGAUGCCAACCGGAGCAACGCCGAGUCACUCUGAACAUGCUGAACACGUCCUUGGCAUAGCCGGCCGUCCCUCUGUCGGGCUCUCUCCACAGCAAGUUGCGCGUCGUCGGGGAAAGGACCGCACUGUAUAGGAGAAGUGUGCGUUUCGAGUUUAUGACAGGAAGAAGGGCUGUUGAUUCUUCUAUUGUAUGAUGUUCUAGUACUCUGGCGGCCGACGUCGUGUUCCCAUGAGUUGCGAUAGAAGAGUCUCCGUAUGCCCUUUGGAGCCUACAAACGGCAGGACGCAAGAAAGGCCCUCGGUUCUGGGGGCAGCUCACUGAGUAAGGCGUCUCGUUGUCACAAUGUAAAACAUAAAGCCAAAUUUGAAGCGUCGAAAGAAGCAAUUGCGCACCAAUCUUG